AUGUCUGAUGACCGUCUUCAGGAUUGGGAGCGGGAAGCCAUUAAUUCCUACCUCUCCUGGAAGGGCGGCAAAGGCCCCAUCCCCUACGUGAACCCGACGGCCAAAGGUGACGGAAAGGGCGACGGCAAGGCAAACCCCAAGGGGGAGAAAGGCGAGAAAGGCGAGAGCAUGUGCAAAGGAGGCAAGGGUGACGGCAAGCAUGGCAAAAACCCUGAAGGUGCGAAGGCACCUGGCCCUGGCCCCCCUCCAGGCAAAGGAUCCAUGCGCCCACCGGAGCCCGUCACAAAAGGAUCAGCUUCUUCGGCGCCGCCUCCCUUGGGCGCAGUGUCAGCAACUCCAUCAUCGACUGGGAUUCGACCAAAGCAACGCCCACCGGCAGGAAGUUGGGUAAGCGCGUGGCUUUGGCUGCCUUCGGGAACAGUCCUUGGAUCGCUGCCAGGCACUCCUGGGCCCCCACCUGCAGCGCCUCCUCCAGCAGCUGCCUUGCCUCGUGAUGAAUCCUCUUCGAGCCAGGACAGGGUUGUCUUCCUUGCAGGUGCCGAAUCCGUGCCUGUGGAGCCAGAGCCAAUGCCACCGCCUCCUCCUCGUCGUGACCAUGAUCAUGGAUAUGCUGCUUCUUCCACUGCUGCCAGCCAUGAAGAUGCGCUGCACACGCCGCGCACUGCUGCUAGUGCUCCUGCAGCUUCUGUGCGCCCCGAGCGACGUGACCAUGAUCGUGUGCGACGUGGCAGCGACCGCAAGAGAAGCCGCGAUCGCCGCCGCCGUCGGCGGGACAGCAAUGACACCUGA